AUGAGAAGAAGUGUUGGGAAGAAUCAUUGGAGGAUUUUGGCGGCGAAUAGGAAUUGUAGGUUGAACUUGGAAUUUUGGAGCUAAAAUUUGAAAAUUCUGAAAUUUUAGCACCAAAAAAAUACGUGGAAAAUUUACUUGGAAAAUAAUUUUUAACUUAAAAAUUUAGAAAAUUCUGAAAUUUAGUUUUGAAAUUUCACAAAUUUUUUAGCCUAAAAGUUAGAAGAAAGUUUAAAAAUUUUUGUGCUAAAAAACCACGUGGAAAAUUUCGAAAUUCUGAAAUUUUAGCACUAAAAACGUGGAAAAUUUACUUGGAAAAUAAUUUUCAAUUAAAAAUUCAGAUUCUUCCGCUGUUCUUCCAUCAACAUCUACAUCUACAUCCACUCCAACCUCCGAACCCAAGCCGAAAAAAUCAGCAGAUUCCACAACAGAUUGGAAAUUGAGUAUUCUUCGAAUUCUCGACCAAGAAUUCAAAUGGCAAAAUCAGACGAAUAAACAAAUUGAGGCAAGAAGGCAGGCAUUGGGAAAUGUGAUGAGAUUCUCGCUGAAACAAGAUAUGCAAUCGAUUUUGAGAUUGGCUGAAAAUCAGACGAGGAGAAGGGAAAUUGAUGAUGUGAGGGUUUGGAGGGGAAAAAUAAAUUGAAAAACUUUGGAAAAAAAACGAUUUGGUUUUAAUAUGAGCAAUGCACUGAUUUUUAGAAUCGAAAAAACUCUAUUUUCUAGGUUUUGAACUAGAGAAUCUAGAGAAAAAUAGAAGAUUUUUUAUUAAAAAGGUAGAAAAAUCAAUAUUUUCAUGGUUUUAGAUAGCUUAUUUCAUUUAAACCCCUAAUUUCAGGGUUUUUAAUUAGACAUUCAAAAAAUGUAUAUCUGGAUGAGUUAUGACGUGGCAAGAUUAAUUUCAGAUUUUUCAGGUUCUUCCAAUGUGUCUUCUCGUCAUCAACAAACAAUUCGAGCAAAUUCUGAAAACCGUUGAAAAUAUCAAAUCGCAAGAAUCACUCGCCCUAUUCUUGAAUAUCUCAAAUUUGUGGAAAUCCAUCAAGCCCAACAACCCAGAUAACACUUUAAAUCUGAUGUGUUUGUUGGUUUUGGGAAAACUUCGAGAAUGGAAAGAUCAGCGAGAUUUUGAUGAGAAAAGCGGGCAAAUUGAUCGGAUUUUUGAGGAGAUUGAGAAGAAGACUGAGAAAAUUGUGAGUUGCUUUAGGGAAAUUCUAUUGCUCAUGUUAACCUAGAGCAUUGCUCAUAUUAUUAACAUAGAGCAUUGCUCAUGUCAACAUAGAGCAUUUCUCAUGUUAAUCUAGAGCAUUGCUCAGGCUAACAUAGGGCAUUGCUCAUAUUAACCUAGGGAAUUGCUCGUAUGAACUUAGGACAUUGCUCAUGUUAACCUAGAGCAUUUCUCAUGUUAGAAUAGGGCAUUGCUUAUAUUAGCAUAGGGCAUUGCUCAUAUGAAUUUAGGGCAUUGCUCAGAUUAGCAUAGGGAAAUCACCCGCCAUUUUCUAAGUUUUCAUUUCAAAAAAUUUUAAAAUCUGAAAAUUUCUUCAAAUUUUUGCUAGAAUUUCAGUGGAGCUAUGCUGAAUUUUUUGAAAAAAAACCUUUUUUUUUUCGGCCCCAUUUUGCAUUUUCCAUCAGUUUUUAUUCAAAAAAAAAUUCAAAUAUUAAUUUCAGGUUCGAUUUGCUACGCCGGAUGAUUUGCGGAUAUUUUUAGCCCCCAAAGAUUUGAAUAGCAUAAAACUGGAGUUUGAUAGAAUUCAUAAGUUUUAUAUUCCAAAACCGAAAUUCGUGGAUAAAUCGAAAUACUUGGCGGAUUCCGAACUUCUUCAACCAUUUCAAAAUAUUUGUUCGAAAGAAAAUUAUAAUGGAAAUCCAUUUAAAAUCGAUAAUGGGGAAAAUCAGAAAUUUGAAGAGUUAUUUGAGAAACAUAUGGAAUUAGAAGCAUCGAUGUGGAUUCAGGUGAAGAAUACUGUAGCGAAAAAAGAGGAAGUGAAAGAAUAUGGAGAGGAUUUGAUAUAUCAAUGGAAAUGGAAGAUGAAUAUUGAAAAAGAAUUGGGAAAAUUGGAAAAUGAAGAGAAUAUUCAUCCAUUAGUUGCGAGUUGUAUUGAAAUUAUUCCCCGCGAAAAACUGGUGGAACUUUUACAUUUUUCCGCAUUAUCUGCUUGUUCACAAGGUCAAGAUCUAUUAUCAGCAACACAAUUCCAAUAUGAUUUGAUUAGUCCAAUUAUUAAAGAAAUGUGUAAUAUAUUCAAAAUCAGAAUGGGAUAUCCGGAAAAAGAAGUUUGGAAAAAUGUGUUUAAAAUGUAUUCGGAAUAUUUUUCAUCGGAAGAUUUGUCGAGGAAAAAUACGUUGAGAGAAUGGUGGAAUGAAAGUUGUAUGAAAAAUGGGAUCAAAGCGGAUUAUCAAUUUGAGAUGGGAAAUUUGGACCUGAAAUCGAAAAUGGAGGCCGGAAAUGUGUUUUUUGAGGUUUUGCAGAAGAGUUGUGUAUUUCCAGUUGAAAGUAAAGCGACCAAUAAAAGUGAGUUUUUUUCUGAGCUUCUGAAUAUUUCAAAAAACUCAUUUUUAAUUUGAAAAUUCUGGGAAUUUUUUUAAUAUCUACAGAUUUCGCCCUGAAAUUCCAUACAGUAAAAAUCAAAAAUUCUGGAAAUUUUUUUUAGAAUUUUUGUGCAAAAAUCGAUUUUGUCAGAAAAUGUUCAAAAAAAAUUUUUUAGAAAAAAAUUUAUUUCUGAGCUUUUGAUUAAAUAUUUCUGAAAUAUUAUCAAAAAAAUCAUUUUUGAUUUGAAAAUUUAAAUUUUUAAUCGGUUGAUUUCUGGAAAAUCAGUUUUGUUUUUGGUCGAAAAGUGAACAAAAUUUGGCCAACCUCAGAUUAUUAGUCAAUUUUUGAACAAAAUUCGCCCGAAAAAUUGGACCCUUGAGCCAAGUUGCAGGGUUCCAAAUUUCGAAAAAUUUACAGAUUUUGCCCAAAGCUACAGAAAAUGUUCAAAAAAACCCAAUUUUGCAGUUUCUUGGCACAAAGCCUUCUCAUUCCGCUCAAUUUCAACCGAAGAAGAAUCUCGAAUAAAUCCAGAUGGUCGACAAUCUCUUUCAAAAAUGCUAUCAAUCGAUCGAAGACUAUCAAAAAUAUUCAAUAAUUCACAUCCCUUUGAGUUUAUCAUAUUUUCAACAUCAAAUCUUCCAAUGACAAUUCCACCUCGACCUUGGAUUGAUUAUGGAAUUGGUGGACCACUUUAUACAUCAAAUAUUCCAAUUAUUCGAAAUAUGUUUGAGUUUAAAAAUGUUGAUAUGAAUUUGGAAGUGAGGAAGAGAAUUUCGAGCAGGUUUGAAGCUUCUGAAAUUAAUUUUUGAAAUAGAAUUCAUUUAUUUUGCAGACAACAAGCUCGGCCGGUUUUCGACGCUCUUAAUCAACUUGGCUCAACUCCUUGGGUUAUCAAUGAGAAAAUGUUGGAAGUUUUGAAAGAGGUUUUUGGAAAAUCGGGAGAUUUUGAGGCGAAACAACUUUUGGAUAAAUUAGGAAUUCCAAUGAGAAAAGACACUGUUGAAAUACCAAUGUUUGAGAAAGAAUUUGGAAUUGGAAUUAAGAAGGAGGAUAUUGAUAAGGAGAAAUUUAGAGAGUAUGCGAAACGAAAAUCGGAAGCGAUAAAAAUGAAAAAUGAGAGUAAUUCAUUGUGGUGUUGGAUGUUAUACCGUGUUGUACUUGCCGAUCAUUUUCGAGGAAAAACCCUCUAUUUUCCACAUAAUAUGGAUUUUCGAGGCCGUGUUUAUCCACUUUCGCCAUAUUUAUCACACAUGGGUGACGAUGUGAAUCGAUGUAUUUUGAAAUUUGCCAAAUCCAAAAAAUUGGGAAAUGAUGGAUUCGAAUGGUUGAAGUUGCAUUGUAUCAAUUUGACGGGGACUAUGAAGAGAGCGAGUGUUGAGGAGAGAUUGAAAACGGCUCAGGAGCUUUUGCCGACGAUUUUGGAUUCGGCGAGGAAUCCGUUUGGUGGUGAGGGGUUUUGGGGGAAUUUAGGAAAUUUUAAAUAUUUAAUUUUUUCUUCAAAAUAAUUCUGAAUCAAAGUGUGCGAAGGGAAAACAUACAUGGCACUGCGCUCAAAAUUGUGAGGGGGAGAUCAUGACAUUUGGAAAAAAUUUUCGAGGGGGGGAUCAUGACAUUACGUACAAAAAAUCUAAAUUUUUUUCAAAGUGAAAUCGGUACGCUAGAAAAAAUUGGGUUUUUGCAUGUGGUCAUUUUUGACAUAUUUUUUCAGGUUCGAUAAUUGGAAACUAGUUCUUUAGGAAUAUCGAAUGUAGAGAACGAGCGAAGAAUUCGACGGAUAUCAUUCAUUGGCUAAUUAUUCUUAUUUCUCAUUUUAUUUCUAAAAUUCUCAAUUAUAUUUUUCUAUAUCCUUCUAAAAUAAAAAAUGAGUUUAUUGUAGUAAGUUCCUUUCAGAAAUCUUCAUGCAAUUAUCAUGCUCAACCCUUCUGAACAAUUCCUUAUAAAUUAUAGACAAUGCGUUAUUUAUAUGAUAAUCAAAUUGAAAUCCAAAAAUAUUGAAUUACAAAACAAAAGAAAAACAAAUGGAUUCCACCGAGAAUUCGAUCCAAAAACCCUCUGAUUAUCACGCGCGAUCUCUACCGACUUGACCACGAGGCUACUUAUUUCACAUGCUUAUUUUUAAGUGAUAAAAAAGGGAUAGAAGGGGAGAGAAAAUGAAAAAGAGAAGGAGAAGCGGAAAAAAAUCAUGAAAUUUUUGAAAAAUUACCAUUUUUUAUCGAAUUUCGCCGAUUUUGUUAUAUGUUUCGACUGUAUAAGUAACUUAAGGAUGGUAGAAAGGAAUGUCUGUCGAAAUUAUCUUAAAAGAAGGUUUAUUUCUUGAGAUAUGAUCCCCCCAAAAUCGAAGCCGUUUUGCUAUGUCAUUUUGGGGGGAUCAUAUCUCAAGAAAUAAGCCUUCCUUCUAGAUAAUUUCGACAGACAUUCCUUUCUACCAUCCUUAAGUUACUUAUACAGUCGAAACAUAUAACAAAAUCGGCGAAAUUCGAUAAAAAAUGGUAAUUUUUCAAAAAUUUCAUGAUUUUUUUCCGCUUCUCCUUCUCUUUUUCAUUUUCUCUCCCCUUCUAUCCCUUUUUUAUCACUUAAAAAUAAGCAUGUGAAAUAAGUAGCCUCGUGGUCAAGUCGGUAGAGAUCGCGCGUGAUAAUCAGAGGGUUUUUGGAUCGAAUUCUCGGUGGAAUCCAUUUUUUUUUCUUUUGUUUUGUAAUUCAAUAUUUUUGGAUUUCAAUUUGAUUAUCAUAUAAAUAGCGCAUUGUCUAUAAUUUAUAAGGAAUUGUUCAGAAGGGUUGAGCAUGAUAAUUGCAUGAAGAUUUCUGAAAGGAACUUACUACAAUAAACUCAUUUUUUAUUUUAGAAGGAUAUAGAAAAAUAUAAUUGAGAAUUUUAGAAAUAAAAAUGAGAAAUAAGAAUAAUUAGCCAAUGAAUGAUAUCCGUCGAAUUCUUCGCUCGUUCUCUACAUCCGAUAUUCCUAAAGAACUAGUUUCCAAUUAUCGAACCUGAAAAAAUAUGUCAAAAAUGAAACCCCUCUCUCUUUGAUAUUUUUCAUUUUUUUCACCAUUUAUUUUUUCAAAUUUUUGACAAAAAAAUUGAGGGGGGGAUCAUGACAUUUCAAAAUUUUGGGGAGAGGGGGGAUCAUUACAUGGAGGGUCCGUUGGGCAAAGAUGCCAUGUAUGAGGGAAAAAAUACCAACUCAGGGAAAUGAAUACUCCGGAGAAACACAUAAACAGCUCUGGAGAAAGCCGAAAAUUACUCCGGUGCUAGCACUCGUUUUUCUCCUGAAAAGUUUUUGGGUAGUUUGGUGCGCUCUGGUGCUCCUCCGGAGAAAAACGGUCGCUUCGGCGCUCCUCUGGAGCGUUUUCGGUUGAGGUUUGGGGGAAUUUCGGUGCGAUUUAGAGAAGUUUUGCGCGAAUUGGGUAAAUUUCUAUGUAUUUUCAGUGCGUUUCAGAAGAUUCCCAGCUGGCUUUUUGAUUCGCUUGAUCAAAAACACGUUGUAUAGUUCACCUUUUAUUGAAUAA